GAGCCUAACAAUCAUAAACUGAUGGUCCUAUAUCACCUGACAUUGGGAAGCUGGAGCAUUUGAGGCUUUUAAUGCUUCAUAACAACAACUUUUAUGGGGCAAUUCCUUCUGAGCUGGGUAAUUGCACAGAGCUGCAGGGAAUAUACUUGCAGGGAAAUUACUUAAGUGGAUUAAUCCCAAGUGAAUUGGGAAACCUAACUUCACUUCGGAAUCUGGAUAUCUCAAGCAACUCUCUCAGUGGAUCUAUCCCUCCUUCACUUGGGAAGUUAGAUAAGCUCGUUACGUUCAAUGUGUCAAACAAUUUUCUGGUAGGGCCUAUACCAUCACAAGGUGUAUUCAGCAUCUAUACAUUGAGCUCUUUUGUUGGAAAUCGUGAUUUAUGUGGAAAGCAAAUCAAUGUGGCAUGCAAAGAUGACGGUGGAGGAGCUACAACAAAUUCCCAAUCUCCUACUUCAGCUCAAAAUCCAGCUGGGAAAAAGAAAUACUCUGGAAGGCUUCUCAUUAGUGCCUCAGCAACUGUGGGAGCACUGCUUUUGGUGGCACUUAUGUGUUUUUGGGGUUGCUUCCUAUAUAAGAAGUUUGGUAAAAAUGAGGGCAGAACUCUUGCCAUGGAUGUCAGUGGAGGGGCAUCAAUUGUUAUGUUUCAUGGAGACUUGCCAUACACAUCAAAAGACAUCAUAAAGAAAUUGGAAACUUUGAAUGAGGAACACGUUAUAGGUACUGGGGGCUUUGGGACAGUAUAUAAGCUUGCAAUGGAUGAUGGUAAUGUUUUUGCUUUGAAACGAAUUGUGAAGAUGAAUGAGGGAUUCGAUCGUUUUUUUGAGAGAGAGCUUGAAAUUCUUGGAAGCAUAAAACACCGAUACCUAGUGAACUUGCGAGGAUAUUGUAAUUCACCUACAUCGAAGCUGUUAAUUUAUGAUUUCUUGGCUGGUGGUAGUCUUGAUGAAGCUCUUCAUGAACGAUCUGAGCAGUUAGACUGGGAAGCACGCUUGAACAUUAUUAUGGGGGCAGCAAAAGGACUGGCCUAUUUACACCAUGAUUGUUCUCCUAGGAUCAUACACCGUGACAUAAAGUCCAGCAACAUUUUACUUGAUAGCAACUUGGAGGCUCGAGUAUCAGACUUUGGACUUGCCAAGCUAUUAGAGGAUGAAGAAUCCCAUAUUACAACCAUUGUUGCAGGAACUUUCGGUUAUUUGGCGCCAGAGUAUAUGGCAAGUGGGAGAGCAACUGAAAAGACAGAUGUCUAUAGUUUUGGGGUCUUGGUGCUCGAAGUCUUAAGUGGAAAGAGACCCACUGAUGCAUCUUUCAUUGAAAAGGGCCUCAACAUCGUUGGCUGGUUAAAUUUCUUGAUCACAGAGAAUAGGCAACGAGAGAUUGUAGAUCCAAAUUGUGACGGGGUGCAGGUGGAAAGCCUUGAUGCCUUGCUCUCAGUUGCUAUCCAGUGUGUUUCUUCAAGCCCAGAGGAUCGACCCACCAUGCACAGGGUGGUCCAGUUGCUUGAAUCUGAAGUGAUGACCCCAUGCCCAAGUGAUUUUUAUGAUUCCAAUUCUGAUUGAAUCUGAAGCUGAAAGUGAAAGUGCAUUU